GUUGGACGUGGACGUAAACAUUGAAAAGUUGAGAAGAAAAAAAUACUUGUAAAUAUAUAGAAAUACAUAAAAGUCAAAAUGAAGAAUCGAUUCAAUACGUACGAUAUCGUGUGCUCUGUUACUGAGCUUCAAAAGCUUAUUGGGAUGAGAGUUAAUCAAAUUUAUGACAUAGAUAACAAAACUUAUUUGAUUCGUUUCCAACGUAGUGAAGAAAAAUGUGUUUUAUUACUAGAAUCAGCUAACCGAAUACAUACAACAGCUUUUGAAUGGCCAAAAAAUGUUGCUCCAUCAGGUUUUUCAAUGAAAAUGAGAAAGCAUCUAAAAAAUAAGCGUCUUGAAAGUUUGAAACAACUUGGAGUUGAUAGAAUAAUUGAUUUACAAUUUGGAAGCGGAGAAGCUGCUUAUCAUAUUUUUUUAGAGCUAUAUGAUCGUGGUAAUAUUGUAUUGACAGAUCAUGAAUGGACAAUACUCAAUCUUUUAAGGCCACACACAGAAGGAGAUAAAAUAAGACUUGCUGUGAAAGAGAAAUAUUCAACAUUUAGAGCUCGCAAUAAAGUUAUUCCUACAUUUGAAGAACUUCAAAAUAUUAUUAAAGAAGCAAAACAUGGAGAAAGUUUGAAGAAAAUUUUGAAUCCUCAUUUAGAAUUAGGUGCUGCUGUAAUUGAUCAUGUUCUUCUAGAAGUUGGAUUCACUUUAGGCUGUAAAAUUGGAAAAGAUUUUGAUAUUGCCAAGGAUGCAGAUAGAUUAUUUACUGCCCUUAAAAAUGCACAUAAAAUGAUGGAUAAUGCAAAAAAGGAAGUGUCCAAAGGGUAUAUUGUACAAAAGAAAGAACUCAAGGCUGUUAAAGAUAAUGAAGAUGAGUUUUUGUAUACUAAUCUUGAAUUCCAUCCUUUCUUAUUUGCACAGAAUAAAGACAAACCAUUCAAAGAAUAUGAAACAUUUGAUAGAGCAGUUGAUGAAUAUUUUUCCCAGAUGGAAAGUCAAAAGAUAGAUUUAAAAUUUUUGCAACAGGAACGUGAGGCUUUAAAAAAGUUAGAAAACGUUAAAAAGGAUCAUGACCAAAGAUUAGUUUCUCUAGGAAAAACGCAAGAGGUGGAUAAACAAAAAGCAGAAUUGAUAACUCGUAAUCAAGAGUUAGUAGACAAUGCUAUUUUUGCAGUUCAAAGUGCUGUAGCAAAUCAAAUGUCUUGGCAAGAUAUACAACUUCUUGUGAAAGAAGCUCAAGCAAGAAGUGAUCCAGUAGCAUCUGCUAUAAAACAGUUAAAAUUAGAAACUAAUCAUAUUUCACUGUUACUUGAAGAUCCUUACACAGAUAGUGAUGAAGAAGAGCCAGAACUAAAAUCACAAAUUGUAGAUAUAGAUCUGGCCCAUUCAGCAUUUGCAAAUGCGCGGAAAUAUUAUGAUCAGAAACGUUCAGCAGCAAAAAAACAACAGAAAACGUUAGAAUCUCAAGGAAAAGCAUUGAAAUCUGCCGAAAGAAAAACAAAACAAACUCUGAAAGAGGUUCAAGCUAUUCAUAUCAUUAGUAAAGCUAGGAAAGUGUAUUGGUUUGAAAAGUUCUAUUGGUUCAUCACAUCUGAAAAUUAUUUAGUUAUUAGUGGAAGAGAUCAACAGCAGAACGAGUUAAUUGUCAAAAGAUAUCUCAAGACUGGUGAUAUUUAUGUGCAUGCUGACUUGACUGGUGCCAGUUCAGUUGUCAUAAAAAAUCCUGAUGGAAAUCCUGUGCCACCAAAAUCUCUGGCUGAAGCUGGAACCAUGGCUGUUGCUUAUAGUAUUGCAUGGGAAGCAAAAGUUGUAGCUGGUGCAUGGUGGGUACGUAGUGAUCAAGUAUCAAAGACUGCACCCACAGGAGAAUACCUUACCACUGGUUCAUUUAUGAUUCGCGGUAAAAAGAAUUAUUUACCUCCGUGUCAAUUGAUUAUGGGACUAGGAUUUUUGUUUCGUUUGGAAGACAGUUCAAUUGAAAGGCAUAAAAACGAAAGAAGGGUUCGCACUUUAGAGGAAGGGGAAGAGGUUGAUCACGUCGAAUUAUAUAAUGAAAUUGAAUUAGAAGAUGAUGUUUUAGAUGAAAAACAAAGCGAAAAAAAUUUAGACACCAUUAACGAAGAUGAAUCAGAAAGUUUAAAAGAAGUAUCUUUGAAAAAUUCAGAUAAUAGUAAUGAAGGUGAAGAUCAAUCUCUUUUCCCUGACACACAAAUAAAGUUGGAUCUUACAGGUCCUAGAGUGAAAAUCCAAGUUGAUGAUACAAAAACAAUUACGAAACUGCGGAAUGAUUUGGACAACGUUGUAUACUUAGGCGAUGACAAACCGGUAACUUUAAAAAAUGCACAAAAUAAAAGUGUUCCAAGACAUUCUAGUAGAAAAGUAUCGAUAAGAUCGGAUGAUUCUAACGAAACUGAAAUACAAGCAAAGCAAAAUCAAUCUGGCUUGAAGCGAGGACAACGAGGAAAAUUAAAAAAAAUUAAAGAGAAAUACAAAGAUCAGGAUGAAGAAGACCGAAAGAUAUUGAUGGCCGUUUUACAGUCAGCAGGUUCGGCAAAAGAAGACAAACGAAAAAGUAAAAAUAAAGAUCCAUCAGGGCCACGCCAGCAAGGUAAAAAGAAAGGUCCUCCACCAAAGGUAAAUCAACCACAACAAAAUAACCCAGGGGCUGAUGCUGAUGACGAAGAUCAAGGUCCGGGACCUGAAGUUGAUAUGUUGGAUCAGCUAACUGGUAAGCCUGUUGCCGAAGAUGAAUUGUUGUUUGCAGUUCCAGUUGUAGCUCCGUACAGUACGCUACAAAGUUACAAAUUCAAAGUGAAAUUGACACCUGGUACGGGAAAGCGGGGCAAGGCUGCAAAAACAGCCGUAACAGUUUUUCUUAAAGAUAAAACCAUCACAUCCAGAGAGAAAGAACUUUUAAAAGCAGUCAAGGAUGAAACGAUUGCGCGAAAUAUACCUGGAAAAGUGAAAAUCAGCGCUCCUCAAAUACAAAAGUUGAAAAAAUAAUUUUAUAGAUGAUCAGAUUGUAACAUUUAAUUGAGUGUGCGCAUUGCUCAAAGUUAUUGUAAACACGUUAUAAUUAUUCUUAUAGGAUUGUGACUCUAAGCUUUAUAAGAAAGCAAA